AUGCCCCUCUCCAGUCUGUUUGCCAAUGCCGUGCUGAGGGCCCAGCACCUCCACCUGCUGGCUGCUGACACAUACAAAGAGUUUGAACGGACCUAUAUUCCAGAGGAGCAGAGGCAUUCCAACAAAAUUUCCCAAUCAGCAUUUUGUUAUUCAGAAACCAUUCCUGCUCCCACAGGAAAAGAUGAUGCCCAGCAGAAAUCAGACAUGGAGCUGCUUCGGUUUUCCCUGAUUCUCAUUCAGUCCUGGUUAAACCCAGUGCAGUUCCUAAGCAGGGUGUUCACCAACAGCCUUGUGUUUGGCACCUCAGACAGAGUCUACGAAAAACUGAGGGACUUAGAAGAAGGUAUCCAGGCUCUGAUGAGGGAGCUGGAAGAUGGAAGCCUCCGGGGAUUUCAAGUCCUCAGACCCACUUAUGACAAAUUUGACAUCAAUCUCCGGAAUGAAGACGCCUUGUUAAAAAACUACGGCCUGUUGUCCUGCUUCAAGAAAGACCUGCACAAGGUGGAGACCUACCUGAAACUGAUGAAGUGCAGGCGCUUCGGAGAGAGCAACUGCACCAUUUGA